AUGAAUACUGAAUCAUACUAAUACAAACCUCAUGUCAUUAAUGUUUCUUAUUAAGAAAUAUCACCUGAUAUUCCAGAGUUUUUUACACAUAAAAGACAUGUAUUUAUUAUGACCAAUACAGGAAGACCCAUUUAUGUGAGAUAUGGAAGUGAAAUCAAAGUAUAUAGAUUAAUAAAAUAUCAAAAGUCAUCCAUCUUUUUAGCAACCAUCAAUGCAAUCUUCUAAAAGUUUCUUUUAUUCUUUUUUGAAGACAAAGAAAAACAAAAUUUGUUUAAGAUUUCACAUGACAAAUCUAAUAUUUACAUUCUAUAGAGAAAUUAAAUCACUUAUAUUUGCACAACAAAUAAUCUCUAAGUAUAUAUAUAAUUGUUAUAUUCUUCUUAGGAUUCAGAAUUUAUCAUUUAUCAAAUGUUAGAUUUUCUUAAUACUUAAUUGAUAUCAAUAGUAACAGAUUAAGCAAAUGUUCAUUUAAUACAAAAACCAAAUUAUGAUUUAGGAUUCUCUGUGGGUGGAUCAAGAAAUCUAUUGACAUUAGCUAUAAAGAAUGGAUUGUAUUCUCCAUGUAUAGCAUUUAAUUCAAUAUGCACUUUGCCUAUGACAGUUACUUUGAGAUCAUUUAUUCAUAAUAAUUUAAAGGAAAUUAAAGUGUCUAAUGUAAUAGCAACUUUGUUAUUGACUGAAACCUAUGUAAUUGACAUAUGGAGAUAAAAGAAUAUGGAAUUUAAGACAUCUGAUAUUAUGAUCAUAUAAAGUAUGAUUUAAGGAUAAGGAUAAUUGAAGAAAGGAGAAAAUUGGAUUCCAAUAUGUUUACCAGGUUUAUCAGCAAUGGGAUUUGUGUAUGCUUAUAUAAAUUUCUUUUAUUAAAAUACAAUUGGAAUUGUAAUGAUAUCAGAUGAUAAUUCAUUGGAUAUGUUUACAAAAUGUAAAGAGGCAGCAUAAACAAUGAUAGAGAAAUUUGAUUCAAAUAAAUUAUAACAAACUCUAUUUUCAUCUCUUCAAAAUAAUCCAAUUACUCCAAAAUGUAUAGAAAAUUAGACUCAAAUUAAACAUUUUAUUGUUAGACACAUUUCAGGAUAAUUAUUUCUACCUAUGUAUUAAGCAUUUGGAAUAAAUAAUAAGACAUUUAAAUUCUAUAUGUAAUAAUAUGGAGAAUUGUAUAAGGAUUUCAUGAUAUCUUAAUCUCUUGGUAAUUUAGAUACUAAAUAAAACUAUUUUGUAUGGGAUUCUAAAGGAUUUGGUAUUACAUAAUAUCAUGAUGUUGUUGUAAGCAUAUUAGAAUUUAUGAUAAGAUUAUGUUCUGUUUUAAUGAAUUGAUU